AUGUCCUCGCCUACGUCUUCGCUCCCCUUGACCCCUAUUGAAGAGCAUGCACGCAUCCAUGCGCACCUUAUGACGCUCGGAUUUCUCGCUCUUCUGCCUGCAGGUAUUCUCGUUGCGCGAUACUUCCGCACGUUCACUCGGAGGUGGUGGUUCGGCCACACCCUCAUCCAAGCGAUCGUAUCAGGUCCGGUCAUCAUUGCCGGGUUCGUGUACGGGUACCAGUCGACCCAACGCCUCUUCACGGGCGGUCACUGGAACGACCCGCACAAGAAAAUCGGCCUUGCGCUCUUCAUCCUCUACCUCGUCCAGCUCGUGAUCGGCCUCAGCAUCCACUACUUCAAGCCUUCGCCGACUUUCUUCAAAGGCCGGCGCCCGCCGCAGAACUACUUCCACGCGCUGUUCGGGCUCGCGAUCGUCGCGCUCGCGUCGUAUCAGGUCCACUACGGGAUGUUCAUCGAAUGGGCGCGCUCCACGGGCAACCUCCACCCGGUCGCGAUGGGCUGCAAGCACUUCUGGCUCGGAUGCACCACGGUGUUCUUCGGGCUGUACUUCAUCGGCGUCGCGCUCUUCCUCCGCCGGCAGUAUCGGCAGGAGGCCGUUGCGCGCGACAAGACCCUGAACGGGAACGGAGCGUACGGAGAUGGCGAGAGCGGCCGGGGCCUCACCAAGCAGCAGAAGGUGUAA